AUGGCUUUGGUCAACAACUUUGGCGCAGAGACAACUGCCGAAGAGGUCGCCUCUUCUUUUCGCGACCAGAUUACUGGAAAGACGAUUCUCAUUACUGGAGUGAGUCCCAAUGGCCUGGGAGCCGCGACUGCUCAGGCUCUCGCCAAGUACACCCCGGCAAGCUUGAUAUUCACGGCUCGGACACCCUCCAAAGCUUCUUCCGUGGCUGAUGCUAUUCGUGACGAGCACGCAGCAAUGAAGUCGCAGAUUCAUGUCGUCCAAGCAGACUUGUCCAACUCGGAAAGCAUUCGCCAAGCAGUAACCAACAUCCAGAAAAUAACACCGAGUAUUGACAUUAUAAUCAACAAUGCCGGGGUGAUGGCCAUCCCGGAGAGAGAGAUUACAAAACAGGGCAUCGAGGCUCACCUGGCUACAAACUUCUUUGGUCAUUUCCUACUCACGACGCUCCUAUCUCCACAGCUUAAGGCGGCAGGGCCAAAGGCACGCGUUGUCAACAUUGUGAGCGGCGGAUUCUACGUACAACCGUUUCGCUUCAGCGACUAUAACUUUGAUGGGGGAAAAGAUGUUCCGCCAGAAGAGCAAGUCGAUCUUGACAACGCAGAAAAGCUCGGCAUGGGAUGGGUCAAGGAUGCCGGCACGGGAUACAUCCCCUUCUUGGCCUAUUCUCAAAGCAGCACGGCGUUGAUGCUCCUGACCAAAGGUCUGAAUGAGGGCUACGCUGGAGAAAGGAUCACAGCUGUGAGUGCUGCGCCGGGAGUUGUCCUGACUGAACUACAAAGACACCUCCCAACCGAGUUUCGGAAUCCAAACAUGCCAUAUAAGACGGCAAGCCAGGGAGUUGCAAGCUUUCUCGUCGCUGCUUUGGAUCCAAAUCUGCAAGAUCAUCCGGGCGCUUAUAUUGACGACUGUCAGAUCAAAGAGGUACCGACAUAUGCGCAAGAGGCGGCUAUUGCUCGUAAACUCUGGACAAUGGCUGAAUCAUGGGUCAAGGGCGCGUGA